CCGGAAACUUGCUCUCUCCCGCCAUGGCCAUACAGUCUGUUCUCUCCCUCUCUUCUCAUCCUUUCACCUUUCGCUCUCAGUCAAACAAGCCUUCUGCACUUAUACUCUGUAAGCCACUUCUCCAUGUCCAAAACCUAGGGUUCUGCUUCAUAAGGCCACUGCAGCAUUCUCGAACUGUCAACAAGUGUCCGAGGUCUGUUUUGCCGGUGGAGUCUCAAAUCUCCGACGAAGGCGAAGACGACGAAGAAGAAGAAGAUGAAGAGGAGGAGGAAGAAGAGGAAGACGACGAUGCUGAUGACGAAGAAGCUGCGGAAGAGUAUGGCGUCAUUUCAGCUGAGGUUUCCGACGGAGGCGAAGAAAGUGAGUACGAAAGUUUUGACGCUGCGAAUUCGAUUGAUGUGGCGAGAGAGGAUAAAUUGAAGUUUGAGGAAUUUAAAUGGCAGAGAGUGGAGAGGAUUUGUAGGGACGUUCGAGAAUUCGGAGAAGGAAUUAUCGACGCUAACGAACUUGCUUCAGUUUACAAUUUCCGUAUUGAUAAGUUCCAGAGAUUGGCGAUUCAAGCGUUUCUACGAGGCUCUUCAGUUGUGGUGUCUGCGCCAACAAGUAGUGGCAAAACUUUAAUUGCUGAAGCUGCCGCUGUUGCGACAGUGGCAAAAGGAAGGAGAUUGUUCUACACUACUCCUCUUAAGGCUUUGUCAAAUCAGAAAUUUCGCGAAUUCCGGGAGACAUUUGGUGAUAGUAAUGUUGGGCUUAUUACAGGAGAUUCAGUGAUAAAUAAAGAUGCUCAGGUUUUAAUUAUGACUACUGAGAUUUUGCGCAAUAUGUUGUAUCAGAGUGUUGGAAUGGUUUCAUCAGACAGUGGACUUCUACAUGUUGAUGUGAUUGUUUUGGAUGAAGUACAUUAUUUGAGUGACAUAUCUCGGGGUACUGUCUGGGAAGAAAUUGUUAUUUAUUGCCCAAAAGAAGUUCAACUUAUAUGUCUGUCAGCAACUGUCGCUAAUCCAGAUGAGUUGGCUGGUUGGAUAGGUCAGAUUCAUGGUAGAACUGAGUUGGUGACAUCACUCAGACGUCCAGUUCCCCUGACAAGGCACUUCUCAACUAAACCAGCUUUACUACCUCUUCUUAAUGAAAAAGGCACAAGCAUGAGCAGGAGUUUAUCACUCAAUUAUUUACAACUUGAUGAAUCAGAAGCUACAUUACAGAAGGGUGAACGGUCUAGAAGGAGAAAUUCAAGAAGACGUGGAAGUGAUGUAAAUCCACUCUCAAAGAAUGAGAUAUCUGCUCUUCGCCGCUCACAGGUGCCCCAGAUUAUGGACACAUUAUUGCAGCUAAAGGCAAGGGAUAUACUUCCAGCAGUGUGGUUUAUCUUUAGUAGGAAGGGAUGUGAUGCAGCUGUUCAGUAUCUUGAAAACUGUAAGCUACUUGAUGAGUGUGAAGUGAGCGAAGUUGAACUGGCUUUGAAGAGGUUCCGCAUUCAAUAUCCUGAUGCAGUGAGAGAAUCCUCUGUGAAGGGCCUUCGGCGAGGGUUGGCUGCACAUCAUGCUGGCUGUCUUCCCUUGUGGAAAUCAUUUAUUGAAGAGCUAUUUCAGCGAGGACUUGUUAAAGUUGUCUUUGCAACAGAGACACUUGCUGCUGGAAUUAACAUGCCUGCUAGGACAGCUGUUAUUUCAUCUCUCAGCAAGAGGGGAGACAGUGGACGUGUCCUGUUAAGCUCAAAUGAAUUGUUCCAAAUGGCUGGGCGAGCUGGUCGAAGGGGUAUUGAUGAAUUGGGUCAUGUAGUUCUUGUUCAGACUCCAUAUGAAGGUCCUGAAGAGUGCUGCAAACUAAUAUUUUCUGGACUUCAACCCCUUGUCUCACAAUUUACUGCUUCCUAUGGCAUGGUGCUAAAUCUUCUAGCGGGGGCCAAAGUUACUCGUGGAUCAAUGGAAUCAGAUGAACUGAAAAUCUCACGAGGAGGACGGACUUUGGAAGAAGCAAGGAAAUUAAUUGAGCAGAGUUUUGGAAAUUAUGUAGGGAGCAACGUUAUGGUUGCUGCAAAAGAAGAGCUUGCUAGAAUUGAGAAGGAGAUUGAGAUGCUAACUUCUGAAAUAAGUGACGAAGCAAUUGAUAGAAAAAUCCAGAAGCUCUUGUCACAAUCGGCUUAUCAGGAGAUUUCCAAUCUUCAGGAGGAAUUAAAAGCAGAAAAACUCUUGCGUACUGAACUGCGGAGAAGAAUGGAACUGGAGAGAAUGUUUUCUUUGAAACCUUUGUUGAAGGAACUGGAGGAUGGGCAUCUGCCAUUUGUGUGCUUGCAGUACAAUGAUGCUGAUGGGGUUCAACAUUUAGUUGCUGCUGUUUAUUUGGGCAAUGUUGAUGCUUUAAGUGCUUCAAAACUUAAGAAUGUGGUUCACCACUCUGAUUUGUUUGCUAUAAAUAUGGAAGUAGAAAGUAAUGAAAAUGGUGGUAUUGAAGGUGAAGAUAAUUCCAAACCAUGCUACCAUGUGGCUCUUGGUUCAGACAACUCUUGGUACCUUUUCACCGAAAAGUGGAUUAGAACACUAUACAGAACAGGCUUCCCAAAUGUUGCCUUAGCUCAUGGUGAUGCCUUGCCUCGUGAAAUUAUGACAGAACUUGUUGAGAAGGGGGAUAUGCAAUGGCAGAAGCUGGCAGAGUCAGGAUUUGGAGGUUUAUGGUGCAUGGAGGGAUCUUUAGAGACAUGGUCUUGGAGUUUAAAUGUGCCAGUCUUGAGUACUCUCUCUGAGGAUGAUGAGGUCCUCGAAUUUUCUCAAGCUUACAAGGACAUAGUAGAAUGCUAUAAAGAUCAAAGAAAUAAAGUUUCUCGUUUGAAGAAAAAGAUAGCACGAUCAGAAGGAUUUAAAGAGUAUAAGAAGAUUGUAGAUAUGGCUGGAUUCACAGAGGAGAAGAUUCGAAGGUUGAAGGUUAGGUCAAAUCGAUUGAUUAACCGCAUACAACAGAUUGAGCCAACUGGCUGGAAGGAGUUUUUGCAGGUCAGCAAUGUUAUUCAUGAAAGUAGGGCAUUGGAUAUCAAUACACAUGUUAUAUUUCCACUUGGUGAAACUGCGGCAGCAAUUCGAGGAGAAAAUGAACUCUGGCUUGCCAUGGUUCUUCGAAAUAAAUUAUUGCUGGGCUUAAAGCCUGCACAACUUGCUGCUGUUUGUGGAAGUCUAGUUUCUGAAGGGAUUAAACUUCGGCCUUCAAAGAAUAACAGUUAUAUAUAUGAACCCUCUGCCAUUGUCUUGGAUGUCAUCAACUUAUUAGAAGAACAAAGAACCUCACUUCUCGAACUUCAAGAGAAGCAUGGAGUAAGGAUACCAUGCUGCUUGGAUAGCCAAUUUUCUGGCAUGGUUGAAGCUUGGGCUUCUGGUUUAACUUGGAAGGAGAUUAUGAUGGACUGUGCUAUGGAUGAAGGAGAUUUAGCCCGCCUUUUAAGAAGAUCGAUUGAUAUAUUGGCUCAGGUUCCUAAAUUGCCCGAUAUUGACCCACUGCUGCAAAGCAAUGCCAAAAGUGCAUCCAGUGUGAUGGACCGUCCACCAAUAAGUGAACUGGCUGGAUGAAAUUGAUUCCAAUAUAAUGCUCUAUAGGAAUUAUUCUUUCCCUCGUAAGAGUAACGCAACUUCAAGCCAGAUGCUGAUUGGGACAGUUCAGAAAGCGGAUCCUAACUAGCUGCAACCCUCAUCGAAUUCAAGAGUCUUGCCCGCUAGGUGGAGAUUCAUAUAACUAAUUGCUUGAAGAAUGCAUUGGGGUAACAAAUUUUUCACUGGAGUCAUCAAGUAAUACAAGGCAAAGUUGUUGAAGUGUUAGGUUGUGACAAACUACAGAAUGGGUGGACUAGUCUACUACAGGUUUGGUUUGACACACAGAACAUUGUCUGAGUAUCCAUUUAUGUAUGUAGAAUUUAAGAUUUCAAGUUCAUUUUUUGACUAUUUUAGAAUAAAAUGAAAUUGACAUUACCAGUUCCUUGUACCUCUCCUUCACUGUGGACCUUGUUAUGUCUAGACUAAGUAAAAAAAUGUAAAAGAAUUCUCAGCUUUUCUAUUCUGCAGACUGCAGAGUGGAUGACCUUACUGUAAAGUGAAAUCCAAAAAUUAAAAAUCACUUUCCACUA